AUGCUAACGUGCGCCGAGGUGCUGUGUCUAUUUUGGGUCGGUCACCGACUCUGUCCGUUUAGCAUUUUUGAUUUCGCGCUUUGUCUUUCAACAGUACGCUCUCAGCCUUCUACGAACUUUUUACACACAGAAAUGGGCGCUGGGAGGAAAACUCAGACAUUUGCACUGAAUGAAGCUUCUCCUUUAUUUGCAUCGAAGGCAUUUUAUGCCGCAUCUGCUAGAAAUUUGAGAAAAAGUGAGCUUGGCGGUGUAAUAUUUGGUUGCAAUAGACGGACUUUCAGAGAAUGCCUCUCUAAACAACUCUUUGGCCUGCCAGCUCAGCACUUUGCGUAUGUACAAAAUAUAGAGCCCGGUUUGCCGCUGUUUUUGUUUAACUACAGCGAUAGAACAAUUCAUGGCAUUUUUGAAGCUGCCAGCUGCGGCCGACUGAACAUUGAUCCCUACGCAUGGACAUCAUAUGGUUCAGAGAAAACACCAUAUCCAGCUCAGGUACAGAUACGUAUGCGGAUUCAAUGUAAAGCACUUAGUGAACUUCAGUUUAAGCUGAUAAUUAUUGACAACUAUUACAAUCAAAACCAUUUCUGGUUUGAGCUGGAUCAUGCUCAAGCAAGCAAGUUGUUGUCCGUACUUUCUUCUUUAGCAGUUGUUCCAAGCACAUCUAUACCACAAAAUCCAGAAAAUUGGACAGCUACAUUGCAGAGUUUUCCUUCAAAUGACAAUAGAGAGAAAAGUGGAACUUCUUAUCCACCAUCUUCAAUAGAUAAUUUUGCAAUAUCUUACGAUACAGUCGGAUCAGUGGGUGCUAUAGAUGAUUCUCUGUGUUUGGAUGGAAAAACCCCAUUUCCAGAGGCAGCCUUACAAAAUCAAAUGACAGACUUUGGUCAAAAGGAAUUUAUCUCCAUGAAAUUGAAAGAAUUGGCACCCAAUUGUGGGAACUCGGACGAGGUUAUGGUAGGAAAUGCAGUAGAAUCUGCCUUGGCAGAUGAUGUUUGGGGGCUUGAAACUUCUGAAAAAACUCCAGUGACUUUGGAAGAGGGAAAUGAUGGUAGUUCUCAUGAUUUAUCUGAUUAUACUGCUGUAAUAACACAGUUGUGCGAGGAGAUUAAAGACCUAAAGGCUUUCAAGAAAGAGCAAACUCAGAAGACAAAAAGUUUGGAAAAGAAGCUGGUUGGAGCAGAAGAAGAAAUUUGUCGACUGGAAAUCAGAUGUAUGGCAUUGGAGUCUGGAUCGAGUCGUUCCAAGACACAGGCUGAGGCAGCGGCAGUGUCAUUUGAUGAAAUUCACCUCAAUCUUGAUGAAUUAAUAUUUCUAGUGGGAGGAUAUGAUGGCGUGUCAUGGACAUCAGCAUUGGAUUCAUAUUCACCUUCACACGAUAUGGUCAAGUCUCUCAAGCCAAUGUCUGCUCUUCGAUCAUAUGCGGCAGUUGCCAAGUUAAAUGGAGAACUUUACGUUCUUGGUGGCGGAAAUGGUACUUUGUGGUACGAUACAGUUGAGUCAUAUAAUACUUCUAAUGAUCAAUGGACCGUGUGCCCCCCCCUGAAUGAGAGAAAGGGAAACUUAGCUAGCGCUGCUUUAGAUGGCAAAAUUUUUGCUGUUGGUGGAGGAAAUGGGGUUGAAAGCUUUUCAAAUGUUGAGAUGUUCGAUUCAGAUGUUGGACGAUGGAUUUCCACACGCUCUAUGCUACAAAAGCGUUUUUCUCUUGCUGCAGCAGAGUACAAUGGUGCAAUCUAUGCUGUUGGUGGAUAUGAUGGAAAAUAUUAUUUGAAGUCUGCUGAAAGAUUCGACCCCAGAGAACAUUCGUGGACUAGAAUCGCGAGUAUGGAAGCACCAAGAGGCUGUCAUUCAAUGGUUGUUAUAAAUGAGAAGUUAUAUGCCAUUGGUGGUUAUGAUGGAAAUGAGAUGGUGCCCAGCGUGGAAAUAUACGACCCUCGUCUAGAAAAAUGGAUAACCGGGGAGCCUAUGAACCAAGCCAGGGGAUUUUCAGCUGCUGCUGUUCUAAACGGAUCCAUAUAUGUAAUUGGAGGCAUUGAUACUGGUGGCUGCUCAGUGGACAAUAUUGAAUGUUACUUGGAGGGUCGAGGUUGGCAAGAAACAAACUUGAAGGCUGUCGGAAAAAGGAGCUUUGCCUCAGCUAUUGUCUUGGGAGAGGUUUAA